GCUCGCGUGUGUGAUGUGUUUGUGUAUCCUCAGUGUUUUUCUCUCGUGAGUGUUUUAUUGAGUGUAAACAGAGUCUUGUCUCUGUGUAUUUUAGUGUGGAUGAUGAGAUGGAUGUGAUGUGCUGUAAAUCAGGAACUGAUCAGGUCUUACAGGAUGAGGAAUCUACUGAUCAAACCUCCAGAGAGUCUCUGGAUUCUGUCUGGAACGCUGGAGAACAGCAGCAGAUCCUGCAGACCAAACUCAAGAUGUGUUCAGUCAAACUCAUCGACUUCAGGAACCUCAUGAUGAAGAUCAAAACUGAACAUACAGAAAUAAAAACUGAAGCUACAGAAGUGGAAGACCACACUGGUGAUGAAGAUGAGAGUUGUGGUGAUGAUUUUAUUCCUUCAGAUGAGAAGAGCCAUUCAUGGUCUGAGGGAGAAAUAAAAUCGUCCACAUCAAAAGAAAGACAUUUAGAGAGACAUGAGAGAAAACACACAGAAGAGAAAAUCUUCACCUGCAGGGGAUCUGAGAUCAGCUUUACUACCUUACAAGAGAAGAAACUUCAUUCAGAAGAGCACAGAGAGAAGAAGAAGAAGAGGCAGUUUCACUGUGAGCAGUGUGGGAAGGGUUUUGUCAUCUUAUCUCAGCUGAAAGUUCACAUGAAGACACACAGUGGUGAAAAACCUUUCUACUGCAAUGAAUGUGGCAAAUACUACACCACCAAACAAAUUCUUGAUGUUCAUCAGAGAAUUCACACAGGAGAAAAACCCUAUCAAUGUUCACACUGUGAUAAACGUUUCUGUAAGAAAUCUCAGCUGAUAAGCCAUGAGAGAAUUCACAUUGAAGAGAAACCUUAUCACUGCUCUUACUGUGGAAAAGGAUUUUCUGAUUCAUCUCAAUUAAAAAUUCAUCUGAGAAUUCACACUAGAGAGAACCCUUACCAAUGCUCUCAUUGUGAGAAGAUGUUUACUAAGUCAAGUAACUUAAAAGCCCAUGAGAGAGUUCACACUGGAGAGAAACCUUACCACUGUGGUGUUUGUGGGAAGAGUUUUAAUCAAAAUAGCAGUUUAGUGUCACACCAGAGAACUCAUACACGUGAAAAACCUUACAAAUGCUCUCAGUGUGAGAAGACGUUUAAUCAUUUAGGUUCCUUAAAAACCCACGAGAGAGUUCAUACUGGAGAAAAACCUUACGUCUGCUCUCACUGUGGAAAGAGAUUCACUGAUCCAUCUCAUGUUAGAGUCCAUCUGAGAGUUCACACUGGAGAGAAACCUUAUCACUGUAAUGUCUGUGAGAAGAGUUUUAAUCAAAGUAGCAGUUUAGUGAAACACCAGAGAACUCAUACGGGUGAAAAACCUCAUCAGUGUAGUGUUUGUGGGAAGAGUUUCAGUCAACAUGAACAUUUAGUGAAUCACCAGAGAACUCAUACAGGUGAAAAACCUUACAAAUGCUCUCAGUGUGAGAAGACGUUUGCUCAGUCAGCUCAAUUAAAAGUCCAUCAGAGAGAUCACACUGGAGAGAAACCUUACCAGUGUGAUGUUUGUGGGAAAGGUUUUAAUCAAAGUGGCAGUUUAGUGACGCACCACAGAACUCAUACAGGUGAAAAACCUUACAAAUGCUCUCAGUGUGAGGCGACGUUUGCUCACUCAAGUACCUUAAAAACCCAUGAGAGACUUCAUACUGGAGAGAAACCUUACAAAUGCUCUCAGUGUGGGAAGACGUGUACUCAAGCAGGGCAAUUAAAAGUCCAUCAGAGAGUUCACACUAGAGAAAAACUUUAACACUGCUUGAUCUGUGGAGAGAGAUUCGCUUUAUUAGGAAGUUUUCAGACUCAUCAGAAGAAACAUACUGAAAAGUGGUGUUAGAUCAACACCAAAUGGCUGAAUCCAGAGGGAACUAUAUAAAAAAUUUUUAAUUCUGGUGAAAAUCAACCUCUAAAAUAUUUCUUAAGAGUUCACAUCUACAGUAUUGUUCAAAAUAAUAGCAGUACAAUGUGACUAACCAGAAUAAUCAAGGUUUUUAGUAUAUUUUUUUUAUUGCUACGUGGCAAACAAGUUACCAGUAGGUUCAGUAGAUUCUCAGAAAACAAAUGAGACCCAGCAUUCAUGAUAUGCACGCUCUUAAGGCUGUGCAAUUGGGCAAUUAGUUGAAUUAGUUGAAAGGGGUGUGUUCAAAAAAAUAGCAGUGUGGCAUUCAAUCACUGAGAAAUCAAUUUUGUGAAGAAACAGGUGUGAAUCAGGUGGCCCCUAUUUAAGGAUGAAGCCAACACUUGUUGAACAUGCAUUUGAAAGCUGAGGAAAAUGGGUCGUUCAAGACAUUGUUCAGAAGAACAGCGUACUUUGAUUAAAAAGUUGAUUGGAGAGGGGAAAACCUAUAAAGAGGUGCAAAAAAUGAUAGGCUGUUCAACUAAAAUGAUCUCCAAUGCAUUAAAAUGGAGAGCAAAACCAGAGAGACGUGGAAGAAAACGGAAGACAACCAUCAAAAUGGAUAGAAGAAUAACCAGAAUGGCAAAGGCUCAGCCAAUGAUCACCUGCAGGAUGAUCAAAGACAGUCUGGAGUUACCUGUAAGUACUGUGACAGUUAGAAGACGUCUGUGUGAAGCUAAUCUAUUUUCAAGAAUCCCCCGCAAAGUCCCUCUGUUAAAAAAAAGUCAUGUGCAGAAGAGGUUACAAUUUGCCAAAAAACACAUCAACUGGCCUAAAGAGAAAUGGAGGAACAUUUUGUGGACUGAUGAGAGUAAAAUUGUUCUUUUUGGGUCCAAGGGCCACAGGCAGUUUGUGAGACGACCCCCAAACUCUGAAUUCAAGCCACAGUACACAGUGAAGACAGUGAAGCAUGGAGCAUGACAUGGGCAUGUUUCUCCUACUAUGGUGUUGGGGCCUAUUUAUCGCAUACCAGGGAUCCUGGAUCAGUUUGCAUAUGUUAAAAUACUUGAAGAGGUCAUGUUGCCCUAUGCUGAAGAGGACAUGCCCUUGAAAUGGUUGUUUCAACAAGACAAUGACCCAAAACACACUAGUAAACGGGCAAAGUCUUGGUUCCAAACCAACAAAAUUAAUGUUAUGGAGUGGCCAGCCCAAUCUCCAGACCUUAAUCCAAUUGAGAACUUGUGGGGUGAUAUCAAAAAUGCUGUUUCUGAAGCAAAACCAGGAAAUGUGAAUGAAUUGUGGAGUGUUGUUAAAGAAUCAUGGAGUGGAAUAACAGCUGAGAGGUGCCACAAGUUGGUUGACUCCAUGCCGCACAGAUGUCAAGCAGUUUUAAAAUACUGUGGUCAUACAACUAAAUAUUAGUUUAGUGAUUCACAGGAUUGCUAAAUCCCAGAAAAAAAAAUGUUUGUACAAAAUAGUUUUGAGUUUGUACAGUCAAAGGUGGACACUGCUAUUUUUUGAACACACCCCUUUCAACUUAUACCCCAAUUGCACAGCCUUAAGAGCGUGCAUAUCAUGAAUGCUGGGUCUUGUUUGUUUU